GGCACUAUUGGGGUCAAAGAAAGUUAGCUCAAAAUAUCUUGCUCUGCCCUAGAAUUCUAAUAUUAGUUGAAUCCAGUAUAUAGCUGAAUAGGGAAAAUAUCAGUGACUUGAUCCAGGAAACUCUUGAACGUUGGAGAAGGAUUUUCCAGUGAUUCGUCAUGAAAAAUUAAAGUAUCUGAGGAACAAACUAUCUCAGAGCUUAUGUCGUAACUGCAGAAGACCUUUUUCACUUUGAAGAAUGCUGUUCGAGCUUUCUCUAUCCUUGUCUUAACUUCACUGAUCAUGUCCCAGCUUUCAUGUAAAUUAAAACUGAGGAGGAAGGCGUCACCUGGUUCCUGCUAGCCAGGAUAUAUGAAAUUUUAAAAGACUGCAAAGUGUGGAUCUGCUGCUAGACAUUUAAAGAUGAAUUCCAGCAAGUGCCACAACUGUGCCAGGGUACAUGAUCUGGUCUUUGCCAGCAGCUACUCACUAAUCUUUAUGAUAGGCCUCCUGCUGAACUCUACAGCUCUGUACAUUUUUAUCUUCAGAGAUGUUGUCCGCUCCAUCACCACCGUCUACAUGAAGAACCUAGCAGUCUGCGAUCUUCUGCUGUUGGCGUCAAUGCCUCUGAGGAUAUACUACUAUGGCUGGCAACCCCAGCUAUCUCAAACCACAUGUGAAAUGGGAGGCCUGCUGCUCUUGGUUAACAUGUAUGGCAGCAUCUUCUUUCUGACUUGCAUCAGUUCAGACCGUUGGAUGGCUGUGCGCUUUCCACUCAGCUUGUGGUCACAGGCCAUACGCAGACAAGCCAAGUACAUCUGUGUAGGUAUAUGGACCUUGAGUAUUGGGGGAACCAUUCCCACAUACUUUGCUGGCAAGAAUACUCCCAAAAACAGCACUCUCUGUUUUGAUGAACAUCCUCACUAUAUCACGAACGUUGGUAUUUCCAGUACUAUGGUGCUAUGCUAUGCCAUUACAUUGGCUGUCAUGGUAACUUCCUCCUAUAGUCUGCUCCAUGUUUUCCACCGGAGCGUAAGCGUGGAGAUGGAGCUGAUCAAUAUAUCCAAGAUCAGAUUAAUGGUAGUAACGAAUGUGGCCAUCUUUCUGGGUUGCUUCUUACCCUACCAUUUGACAGUACUAUGCUAUCUUGUACCAUGGUUGAAUGAAACGCCUUCAUUAGAUCUGGCGUACAAAUAUGUCCUGCUCCUGUCCUGUGUGAAUGCUGCCCUAGAUCCUCUGGUUUAUUAUUUUACCACUGAGACCUUCCAACGUCAAGUACCCCUAGAGCCCUUUCUUAGGACCAGGGCUUCCCACAGUGACUAUGUGGAAGGAAUAAUGUUGCCUAGCCAGUCCUUGGAAGCACAAUCCCCUCCUACAUCUUGAAGGAGGAAGAGGCCACUGGAGCAGGACAACCUGCUUUUCCAACCAAGGAUUUGCCCUUUUACAGGUAGUCGGGUAUAAUUACAUCGCUCAGAUAAGAAUUCCAGGACAAUAUUCCGAUUCAACAACAGAUUGGUGAAGUUCGCUCUUUCCUUGGAAAAUUAUAAAGUUCAAAUUGGGGAGUCCACUGGAGUUGGGCAGUCAAUAAAUGUAAAUUCGAUGAAUAAACAAACCUGGCAAAAGUU